AUGCCUCGAAACAAGAAGGCAGUGUCUGUCUCUGGCAAGGGAAAACGACAGUGCGCGGCCAGGCUUGUUCCGGAACCACAGCAGAUCUUCAAAGGUCUUGUCUUUUUCUUCUUCCCGAACAACACCGCCUCGGCUCUUCGACGCCUGCGGAUUCAACGAGCGCUGGAUUACGGGGCCUCUGCUGCAGAGACCUGGGGUGACCAUGUUACUCACGUCAUAGUUGACAAGGGGAUCACCUACCACGACGUCACAAAGCAUCUACACCUCGAGACGGUCCCGGUUGCGCUGGUCGACGAAAGCUACCCCUCUGAGUGCGUCAAGUUUCGCUCGAUAUUGAAUACAGCUCAGGUCCGGUUUCGCAUCAGCGGUACACCUAUCCCUGCAGGAGAGAAGGACUCUACGCCUGUGGACGAAGUUCCAGCUAGUGGAUCCCUGCCGAUCAAACCAAGCCGGCGAGAGCAACAGGACGAAACCCAAAUUCAACUAUCGCAUACGGAGCUGCACGGUCGGGUUGCUGAGGCACAAAUCGCUGAGCAGCAGCUUACCGAACAGCUAGCUUUGAUGCUGUCUACCGAGGAGCAGGCGAUGAAGUGCUCGAAAGAUAGUUAUAGUAUAGUUGAAUCUAUUCGAGAGAAGGACGCCUUAGAUGAAAUCAUCGAAGAAGCAAAGGCCGUCAAGGACUUGCCGUUAGACUCCGACGAUGAGCAUCAUACUACAGCUGAGGUAUCAGAUUCCGAGGUGUCUGAGUCGUCCGAAUCUCACCCGAAGAGGAGGAAGAUGAACGCACGAAGGAUUGAGGCGCAAGCUACCUGGCAGCAGAACUUUGUAUGCAUGCAGAAGCACGAUUCAAAGACCAAUGCUGAAAAUGCAAACACUCGGACCAUUGCCGUCCUCCAGCAGAUGCUGGAUUACUAUGACCGCUCAGGCGACCAAUGGCGCACGCUCGCCUAUCGCAAGGCGAUCAGUGCUCUUCGGAAGCAGCCGAAGAAGAUUGCCACCAGAGCCCAAGCUCUAUCCCUCCCGGGAAUUGGAACGCGUCUGGCCGAUAAAAUCGAAGAGAUCGUAUACACGAACCGUCUGCGCCGGCUGGAAAACGCCAACAGUACUCCUGAAGAUCGCAUACUCCAGACAUUCCUAGGCGUGUAUGGGGCUGGCGUCUUGCAGGCCUCGAGAUGGCUUGCUCAAGGCUACCGGUCGCUGGAAGACCUGAAAAAUAAAGCCCCCCUUACAUCGAAUCAGCGGGUGGGCGUGGAGCAUUAUCACGACUUCGCUCAGCGUAUUCCACGGAACGAGGUUGAAGUGCAUGGCGAGAUCGUGCGGGCGGCAGUCACAAAGGCUGACGCAGAGCUGCAGGUCAUCAUUGGGGGUUCCUACCGACGCGGUGCGUCCGAUUCAGGCGACAUCGACCUGAUCAUUACCAAGCCUUCUGCUACGAUCAAGCAAAUCCGGACCAUCAUGCUUGAGACGGUCGUUCCGGGCCUUUUUCAACAGGGUUUCCUACAAACCAGCCUGGCAGCCACCUCCCGUGGGGAUGGAUCCAAAUGGCAUGGGGCCUCGAAGCUUCCGGACGGUCGGCUCUGGCGACGGAUCGACCUGCUUUUCGUGCCCGGCUCUGAGAUCGGGGCAGCUUUGAUCUACUUCACUGGCAAUGACAUCUUCAACAGAAGCAUGAGACUACUGGCCAGCAAGAAGGGCAUGCGACUCAACCAACGAGGGCUCUACGCCGAUGUGCUACGCGGACCCCAGCGGGUCAAACUGACGACAGGUCGACUGGUCGAAGGACGCGAUGAACGGCGGAUCUUCGAGCUGCUCGGAGUCCCUUGGCGGCCUCCCGAGCAUCGCAUCUGCUGAUGUGCCCAAAACCUUUUUUUUUGUCGGUAUGUCUUUGGGAAGACACGUAGGGGCAAGACGGGAGCCGAUAUGACAGUCUGUAUUGGAGCUGCC